AUGUGUAUUGAUUACCGGCAAUUGAACAAGGUAACGGUCAAGAAUAAGUACCCAUUGCCGAGGAUUGAUGAUUUGUUCGACCAGCUUCAGGGUGCCAGGGUAUUCUCCAAGAUUGACUUGAGAUUCGGGUACCAUCAGUUGAGGAUUAGGGCAUCAGAUGUCCCUAAGACAGCCUUCCGCACUCGGUAUGGGCAUUACGAGUUCCUGGUUAUGUCAUUUGGGUUGACCAAUGCCCCGGCAGCAUUUAUGGAGUUGAUGAACCGAGUGUUCAGGCCAUAUUUGGACAUGUUCGUGAUAGUCUUUAUUGACGAUAUUUUGGUGUACUCCCGCAGCCAGGAGGAGCACGAGCAGCACCUUAGAGUGGUUCUUCAGACUCUGAGGGAUAGUCAGUUAUAUGCCAAGUUCUCCAAGUGUGAGUUCUGGCUGAGUUCGGUAGCAUUUCUGGGUCACACGGUACAGUGCAGCAGCUUUUACAACUGUAGAGUUGACUGUACAAUGACCAGGGGAACUGAUCCCUAUUUGUUCCCUCAUCUAUUCCCUCUACUGUUUCCUUAUCUGAUUUCAUUGAGAAUUGAACCAAACAUCUGA